AUGAUAUUCUCUGGACCAAGUCUGCGCUGGUUUGGUCUCAAUGUCGUCCGUGCCUUGUCUAUCGCCGCACUCAUUCUUGUUAUCUCGUCGAGCAUUGUGAUUAUGGUUAGGGACGCCAACGCCCUCUGCCGUGAAAUCGACCUCCGGGUCAAAUCACAGUCUAACGAACUGGAAAGAAAUCCAAACAUUGGGCAGGCCUAUAUGCCUUGGUCAACUGUCCCUCUUCAGCCAGGAGGAGGCUUUUUCGCCAUUCUCAGCCGAUUAUUAAUUAUUUUGCAGUGCAUACUUCUUAUUCUCGCCGAACUCGGAUGGCCACACAGCUUUUUUAUCAAAUUUGUCCCGAUUCUGGGACACGAGUAUGGCGUAGGUAUUCUUGGUCUGAUACAGGCUCUACUCAGUACAUUGAUUCUCUCACACCGUAUCCCGACCUUUCCGCUUAUCUCAGCAUUCAUUCUCUUUGCUGUUGCAUGUCUGAACAUUAUCAUUGGACUUAUCCUGCGCGAAAAGGUACAUCACUAUCGCGCCUGGAGCGUGACUACACCCAACGAGGUCUGUCCCGAACUUGCGCUACCAAAGAACCGGCGUAUUUCAUUCCGGCCACGAGCAAAGCGGUCCACGAUCUUUAACUCAGUUGGAGAUCCGACGUGCUCCAAGAUCGAGAAAUUGCCGAUCUACACCGAGUCAUACGAAUCGAAGAACCAACGUAGCGAAGCACUUACCUCGAACAAGCCCCCCCUAGUUGUAACCAGUCUAGGAUUCGGCCGGCAGGCUCAACAAGGCGCUGAAGCCGAGUGGUGUUGCCUUCCUAUUCCUGAGCACUCGCAUCCGAAGCUGUAG